AUUCCCCUCCUUUCACCUCUCCUCUCCCGCUGCCUUGCACCUCUCUCAGUAUGUGCUGUCAAUAAUUGAUGGUUCUACAGACUCAAAGGGUAACAGGUCUAAUCUCUCAUGCAUUUAUUUAUUUACCAUUCCUAUCUUUACACACACCCAGUCAGUGAGACCACUACCAGUGUUUCUUAGAGCAUGGUGAUGGAUACCCAGCGACUCCUCUGUCUCUGUGUCCAUACAUGUACUGUAUGUCAGGGCAGGGUCAUGGGGGUUUGUUAUCCAUCAGUGCCUGUCCCUGCGGCCAAGAUGGGGUUAAUAUUGCUAGUCUGGCUGACAGCAGGAUAGAGGGAAGGAAGUAGAGAGAUUAAAUGAGUGAGAGGCAGGGGGCAGAGAGGAGAGAGAGAGAGAGAGAGAGAGGGGAGUGAUUUAAUUCAUCCCUAAGCAGUACUGAUUGACUAUAGCUAGCACACUGGCACUCACAAGCACUAACACCCACACAGAACGAUGGAGAGAGACAGCAGAAAUGACAAGUUCUUCUCCAGAAAGAGAAGUUUCACUUUUGGGGCAUAUGGAGGGUGAGUAACAGUCACAGUAUUGAGAACAAAUUAAAAUGCUUUGGUUCUAGUGUCAGAAUCUGAAUAAAAUCUUGAAAUAGUUGUUCAUAGAAGUAGUCCUUAAUGUCAUGCGGCACAUUGCCUAAGGAGUUACCACUUUCCCUAUUCACAGUGUGGACAGGUUCAUAUGUGAAAAUGAGACUAGGUGAGAAAAACUUAAAAUACCUUUAUUUACCUUUAUCCACAUUAGAUGUAGUUUAUUUCUUGCUGGUCAUUUUACACUGGAUUUAGAGCUUGAUACAUUUGCAGUUGAUGAAUGGGAAAGGUGAUGGUUGCAUUGCUAUGCUCUGUCAUUCCACCUGUUGUAGCGGACCAGAACCUUUAGAACACAGAAUUCUGGAUAUUUUGGACUCCCCUACCAGCGAGACCAAACCGUUACUCUCUGCUGGCAGCAACCAGAAGGUGACAGAGCUGUUUGAGGUCAUUGAGAAGUUGCAGAGCAGCAGGCUAGAUGAACAGCGCUGUGAAUUCCCUCUGCCUUUGAGGUCUCAGCUUUUGAAGAUAGGUCGUGACCUUCCUCUGAUCCUGCCUCCAAAGCUGGGUGGUUACUGGAUAGACCCCCCGCUACAGAAGUUUGCUGAAAUCAGUCCGACAUCCUCUCAUUACGGACUUGACCCAGAGACCUAUGACAUCAUGGAGAGAGACAGCGAGGCCACAUACUACCAGGAGUUCUUCCGCUCACGAUAUCAUCACUCGUUCACAGCAGUGGACCCCUCCCUGGGACCCCUCCUUCUCUCUGUCUGUUUGGAGGAAGAAGAGAAGAGGCUGAGAGUAAUACUGAGAAUGAGGGAAUGCUCUAUGCAUGGGGUCUUCUCUGUGUCUCUGUUCCCAAACAUCCCAUCUGCUGUGGAGCUGGCCAAGAUGCUAUGCGACAGUGUGACUGUGCCCAGAUUUGAUGUGGUCAGUUACCUCAAGGCACCAGAUCUUAUAACAGCAUUUGAUGAACACAGAGUGUCUCCGAAUUUCAAGUUUGGUGUCUUGUAUCAGAGAGCGGGACAGCUGACAGAGGAGGACAUACUCUGUAACAAUGAGGAAAGUGAAGAGUUUCAAGAAUUCCUCUCUAUUUUGGGAGAUACAGUCACACUUCAAGGGUUCACUGGGUUUCGAGGAGGUUUGGAUGUGUGUCACGGCCAGACAGGAAGUGAUGCGGUCUUCACUUCCUUCCACAGCAGAGAGAUCAUGUUCCAUGUGUCCACCAAACUGCCCUUCACAGAGGGCGAUACACAACAGCUACAGAGGAAGAGACACAUUGGCAACGACAUCGUUGCUGUUGUUUACCAGGAGGGCCACACCCCUUUUCUGUCUGAUGUCAUUGGCUCACACUUCCUGCACUGUUUCCUAGUGGUCAGGAGGGUGAGGAAGGGCGUGGGGGACGAGGGGGAGGAGGCAGGAGGAGGAGGUGUGUUCCAGGUGUCAGUCACAGCCAGAGAGGAUGUACCUCCCUUUGGUCCCUCCCUCCCUGAUCCUCCCAUAUUCACAGAGAGCUCCCUGUUGAGAGAGUUCCUCCUGACCAAGCUUAUCAAUGCAGAGAUCUCCUGUUAUAAGGCUGAGAGGUUCAGUAGACUGGAGCUGCGCACUCGUUCGUCGCUCCUGGAGGGUCUGCAGGCGGAACUGUCCACCCGCUCCCAGUGCAUGAUGGGAGGUUCGCCUGUGUCCACCCUCUCGACUUCUGAGGGGAUGAGGGGUGUAACUGAGGGGAGUGGAGGGUUCAUCGAAAACUUUAAGAGAGCCAUUAGGGUGCGCAGUAAUUCUUUUGACACUCUUGGGGGACCUAGAAAGAUGGGCGGGGUGCCGCUCCCACAGAAGCCCAAGGCUGCUACAGAGAGAGAUGGAGAGAGUGAGUUGGCCUACAAGCCCCCUGAACCCAGCUUUCCGCCCACAGACAACCUGGGCUCCACAGAGGUCAAAGACCACUCCAGUCCCCAGGAUAAUACGUAGACAGACAGAAUUAUGUGUAUAUUUUAGUAAUAACCGAGUGGAUACUUUGUAUGUACAGUGCAUUCGGAAAGUAUUCAGACCCCUUGACCUUUUUCACGUUUUGUUACGUUACAGCCUUAUUCUAAAAUGGAUUAUUCUAAAAUGGAUGAAAUCGUUUUUUUCUUCAUCAAUCUACACACAAUAACCCAUAAUGACAAAGCAAAAAUAGGUUUUUAGACAUUUUUGCAAUUUUAUAACAAAUAUAACACUGAAAUAUCAGACCCUUCACUCAGUACUUUGCCAUCAAAUCAAAUCAAAUUGUAUUAGUCACAUGCGCCGAACAGGUGUAGACCUUACAGUGAAAUACUUACUUAGGAGCCGCUAACCAACAAAUGCAGUUAAAAAAAAUACGGAUAAGAAUAAGAAAUAAAAGUAACAAGUAAUUAAAGAGCAGCAGUAAAAUAACAAU